ACAUGAUGGGGCCACCUCAUGCCCCCCCUCCAGAGCCCAUAGCUCCCCCGGGUCGCUCUCAGCAGCUGGGCUGGGUCAGGAUGGGGCAGCAGGGCAGAGCCAAAGUGUCUGAACGCAGCCGCUGCCCGCAGGGAAAAAUGAAAGUGGCUCCGAGCCCUGGGGGAUCAAGGCUGAGGCUGGGGGGGAACCAGGCUGCCAGGGCUGCUUUCGCUUUCCCUUCGCCUUGGCCCGGCUGGCAACGGCAUCGGCACCGGCACGGCAGCUGAAGGGUUCGGGGUGCGGCUGCAGGGACGUCGCCCCAGUGCUGAGGAGGGAGCACCAGCUGCCCCAUGAGCCUGACUGUCGCUCUCCUGCUCCUCACCCAGCUCAGCUCGCUGUGGGGCCUGGGAACAGACGAGCUGCCUGUGCAGCUGCCCGCGACCUCGGAGGCAGUGCUGGGGGGCACUGCGCUGCUGAGCUGCACCUACCCCCCCGAGGCGGACCUGAUCCUGUACUGGACCCGGCUGGGGCCGGCCAGCGAGAGGAACGUCUACACCUACUACAGAGGGGAACAGCUGGCCUCACACGAUGACCCUGCCUAUCGGGGCCGGGCCACUGUCCCAGCUGGGCAGCCCGGGCGUGGGGACGGGGCCCUCUGGCUACACAACGUGACACUGGCUGAUGAGGGCAGGUACCGGUGCCGAGUAAAGAGCAACCGGGGCAUGGGCUUCGCGGAGACGGAGCUACGGCUCAUAGGCCUGUACCGUCUAUCCUGGCUCCAGCCCCAGCCGUGCUCCCCCUCCCUGCAGAACGUGACACUGACCUGCCGCGCAGAGGGCGGCUACCCCCUCGCCAGCGUCACCAUCCACGACAGCACCGGCAGGGACUACGGGGCCGGGACGCUGGCUGCCAAGGACCCCCAGGGGCUGUACAGUGCCGCCCACACGGCCGACGUGCCCUGCUCCCCCCCCGCCAGCUACACCUGCAUCGUCAGCACCAACUUCCUCCAGCAGAACCGCACUGGGACGCUGCUCCGGGAAGAGCCACAGCCAGCAUGGAAGGGCUGGGCUGGCAUUGCCAUGGGCAUUGGCUUGGCGGUGGUAGUGCUGGGGAGCGGAGCACUCUGGGGGCAGAGGCACCGGGAACCCCACCCCUCAUGGGAGGCAGAGCCAGCCCGGGAAGAGGCCCUGUUGGAGGGCACCAGCCCCACCUGCACGAGGAGGGGGGACCCACCAGACAUCCUCCAGGUGCCACGCUCAGCCAGCCAACAUCUCACAACGCCCCCGUCAGUGCCUGAGCUCUGGCCUGGCUCCAGCCCCGGGCCCAGCCAUGCCAGGACGCCUGGGUUCACCUGCUGACGGGCUGAGACUGUUUCCCUUUCCGUGGGCUGGAGCUUCGCUCGGCCUCAGGACCCAGACCCCCAGCACAGUCAAUAA